UAUUACAGAUCAUAGAAGUGUAUGAUGUAUUUUCAGAUUGGUGAAUCCCAAGACCACAUAACAUUUUGGUCUGCUGUAGAGGCUGUGAUGCCUGUUAUAGAAUUUAUAGGUGCAAUACCCCUAGCAUCAAAAUAUGAAAACAAAGAACAAUUAGUUCAUGUUCUGGUUCAGCAUUUGGUUGUUAAGAGGAUUCAAGAUGUGUUAGCUCAGUUUAUUGAGGGUUUUGAAUGUUUAGGGUGUUUCAAAGAAGUAACAUCAAACCCUAAAACAACGAAGCAGCUUUUUGUCUGUGAUAACUCUGUCAUCUUAAAUUCUGUUAUGGUGGAUGAACUGUUCAAGGUGAACUUUUCUCAGGAGGGGAGUAAUCAUUAUAUACUAGAGCUGAAAACUCAUACUUACUGGCGUGAUUUUGUACAGGAUCUGGAAGAGGAACCUGAGGGUCUACAGAACCUUCUUACAUUUAUCACAGGCUAUGAUACAGUUCCUCCAUUGGGAUUUGACCCUCCUCUAAGCCUUCAUUUCAUACAUACAGAAAAUGACAGUGAUGAUGAUGCAGUGCCUUAUGCUAACACAUGUGCAAAUAUGUUACAGAUACCAGUACUCUCAUCAUUUGAUGUAUUUCAGGAAAGGAUGCAUUUGGCAGUUAAGCUAGGUACAACUUUUACCAACCAAUGAAAGCGAAAAACACUUAUGUUCUCAGUACCUGUAAGCACAAAUAUAGUUUGCUUUGAUUGUUUGAGUUUGUCUUUAAUGAUGAUCAUGAACAUCAUCGGCAUAAAGAAAUUAUUGUAAUUUUCUAACUGUGUAGACUCGAAGAUAGGUCAACGCAUGGUGUAAUUUUUAAUUCUAUUUUAAUAUUCAGUUAUUGAAAAUUAGUAUGUUUUUUAGGUUCUUUUUUUUUGGUUUGUGUAACAAAGCAAAAGUUUCCUUAAUUGUUAUUUGACAGAUUUUUAUUUACAUGGACCUGUUCUAUAGGAAGAAAGUAAUUAGUAUAUAGGAAUUGUUACAAUAUUGUCAUAUACACAAGGAAUGAUUAUUUUAUUAGAGGUAUUUGUUUUAAGGUUGCACCAAAAAGGACAUUU